CAACAACCGACUUCUUGUUCUGCAGCGAUGUUGAGAGCAAGUCCAGGUUUGAGUCUUUUAAUGUAAAAAGAGCUUAACAAAUACUCCAAAGAACUUCUUCAUACAAGAAGUUCAAAAAAAUGGGCCUCCUCGCCUGUGCUUUCGGCGCGAUCAUCGCGUUUCUCAUCAUCGCGGCUUGCAUUCUCGUCGCGAGUGUAACGCAGUUAUCCCCCAUCGAGAUGGGUUUGAAAUACAACUACAUCCUCGAGACCGUGGACCCCAAGCCCUACACGACGAACGGGCUCUACGUGCUCCCGUUCGCGACGCUGAAGCGGUUUCCGAAGACCAUCCAAACGCUACAAUUUGACGACGCGGAUAUUCUGGAUGGGCGCACGUCCGACGGGUUACCGUUGAUUCUCGGGGCCAGCUUUCAGUACCGGCUAGACCCGAUGAAUUUGUACUUGCUCUACCAUAGAUUCGGGGAGGACUAUCUGCGGAUUUACCGGCGCGUCGCGGCCCAUUUAGUGACCGAGCAGGCGACGAAAUUUACCGCGUACCUAUUGAAUGCAAAUAUGUCGGGGUCUGGAAACUUGUGAUGCUAAUACAUGCAUCACCAACUGAUUCCAAUACGCAGCCACGCAUGAGAAAUUAUUGAGCGCUUAGGUCGUGCGUAACCCGCAUGAGAAAUCGCCUUUUUGCUUGACAGAGGAGUGGCGCUAUUGCACAACCUGCAUCACAGAGUUCACGGACAUGCGAGUUCAGCAAUACAAAUCUCUCAAUCUUCCAGACCCAGACAUAUUUGCAACGCAUAGUGCCAGUUCUUCAACGAGAAGCAGGCCAUCGCGACCCAGAUGCGAGCAGUUCUCGACGAGUAUUUCCAGAAACACAUCAAAUGCAAAAGUGUCUGGGUCUGGAAGAUUCCGAGACUUGUCAUGCAGAUUUUCCAUGAUCCAUGUCAUCUGGAAUGCAGGACCUAGCAUGACAGAUUCUGCGGGAUCCCUAUCAUGCCUAUCCUGCAUGAGAAACUUCCUCUCAACUUCGUCAAAAGUGGGCAACUUUUGGCAUUCAUGCAACACAGAUUUUUGCAUGAUCCAGAAUUAGCAUCACAAGCGCCAACCUUCCAGAACCCAGACAUUUUUACAUUUGAUAAAACAUUUGUUCGCCCUGGUAGAGUCGUUUCAAAUCAACGAGGACGACCUCCCCCCCGCCUUCUACAACGCAGUAUUACAAGCUGCGACCACGAAGCAGAACAUCACGAAAAUGGAGAAAGUUUUGCAGGCGAAGCAGGUGACGCUGUCCACGCGGUUGCUCCAAGCCGCGUCUCGGGCCAACCAAACGGUCACGCUCGCCUUGGGCACGGCGGCGCAGAUUCAGCAGGAGGGGAGUGCGCGGGCGGCGAUCGAGGCAGCCUACAUCGACGCCGACGCCACGGGGUACGGGAAAGUGCGGGAGGCGCUGGGGCUGGACGGGCCGGGGUUAUUGAAUUACAUCUGGAAUGACGUGCUGGGCUCGGGGGGCGCAGCCUCGGCGGGAGGCGGGGGGAUAGCGAAGCAAUUGAUCGUCGGAGGCUCGGGGGCCGCGACGUUCGUAAAUUCAAAUUGAGUUGUUUUUCGUAUGAGGAGGUGCGUGCCUUUGUUCCUGCACUAGUCUAAAAAAUUCGUUGCACUGUAAUAAAAUGUCCUGCGAUAUUAAGAGCGUGCAUCUGGUCGCUCUGAAACC